AUGGCUGACCUCAGUAAUUCCUCCUGUGAUAACCCUAUAAGCUCACCCCAUUUAACCAGGCUCUACUUUGUAGUGCUCAUUGGAGGGCUGGUGGGCAUCGUCUCCAUUUUGUUCCUGCUGGUGAAAAUGAACACCCGGUCUGUGACCACCACAGCAGUCAUUAACCUGGUGGUGGUCCACAGUGCUUUCCUGCUGACAGUGCCGUUUCGCUUGACCUACCUCAUCAGGCACACUUGGACAUUUGGGUUGACCUUCUGCAGAUUUGUGAGCGCCAUGCUGCACAUCCACAUGUACCUCACAUUCUUGUUCUACGUCGUGAUCCUAGUCAUCAGGUACCUUAUCUUUUUCAAGCACAAGGACAAAGUGGAAUUCUACAGAAAACUGCACGCUGUGGCUGCCAGUACUGCCCUGUGGCUGCUGGUGAUUAUCAUUGUGGUGCCCCUGGUUGUUUCUCAGUAUGGAAUUCAUGAGGGGUAUGAUCAACACCACUGUUUUAAAUUCCACAAAGAACUUGCCCACACACAUGUGCAAGUCAUCAACUAUAUGAUCGUCAUUGUUGUCGCAGUUAUUGCAGUGUCUCUCUUGGUCUUCCAGAGCAUCAUCAUGGUGCCGAUGGUGCGGAAGCUACGCCACUCCUUGCUAUCCCAUCAGGAAUUCUGGGCCCAGUUGAAAAACCUGUUUUUUAUAGGGAUCAUUCUUGUUUGCUUCCUUCCCUACCAGUUCUUUAGAAUCUAUUACUUGUACACUGUGGCAAACUCAAGUGACUGUAAUGACACUGUUGCAUUUUAUAAUGAAAUUUUCUUGAGUGUAACAGCGAUUAGCUGCUUUGAUUUGCUGCUCUUUGUUCUUGGGGGAAGCCAUUGGUUUAAGCAAAAGAUAAUUAACCUAUGGAAUUGCCUUCUGUGUCGUUAG